CUCGUUCAAACGGAUACUAGCGAUGGCCCUGACAAAUCCAUUAAAUUGUCUGAAAUAUUUAGUUACGGAGCUAAUGGGAUUGUGUGCAAAAUUUGCUCCGAAGCUAAAAUUAAAGGAGAGAUUUCCACCGGGAAAACGUGGGCAGACUGGAAACUUGACUACCUAAAACGCCACUUAACACACAAAUGUCACAUUGAUGCUGUGAAAGCAUUGUACAAUAAAAAACAUGGAACUGCGAUUAACCAGCUUCUCGGAGAGUCGAGAGAAUCUAGAGAAAAACGUAUCGACCUCGCCAAUAAGAGCAAGGCAAACCCUGAACAAAUCAAAAUACUGAUCGAUAACGUGCUGCUUGCCAUUAAAAUGAACGCGUUGAUGCUAUCUGUUUAAGAACUUUAUAAUCAUCUGGCGAAAUAGGUAAGCCUCCCCGACAGCUGGAGAAGUAAAAACUACGCAUUUGAAUUUGUGGAGUCAAUUAAUGCAGUUGUACAAGCUGAGACUAUGGAAGCUGUAAGAAAUGCCAGUGUUCACACGUUGAUAGUUGACGAAAGCACAGACAUUACAGUACACAAAAUGCUAGUUCUUUACAUUAAGUUUAGAGAACAAAAUCAAUUCGCAUACAAAACUGUAUUUGCCGGAAUCAUUCAGCUGGCACGAUGCAGCGCCCAGGAUAUAGCAGAUGCAAUAACACAGUUCUACACUGAUCAUGGACUUGAUUUGCAGAAAAUGGCCAUGUUAACGUCUGACGGCGCUUCUGUCAUGUUAGGCAAACAUAAUGGAGUCACUGCAAUACUUAGACGGCAAAUACCGCACCUUACAGAACAACACUGCGUUGCUCAUCGAGAGGAUUUGGGAAUUGAUGAUGCGUGGAAAGGCAUGCAGUUGAUGAAAGAAGUGGAAACACUUUUAAGAACAGUAUAUUCACUAUUCAGUAGGUCUUCUGUAAAGAAAAGCAAAUUCGACGAGUUGGCAAAAGUAUUAGAAGUGGAUUCACUGUCUUUCCGACCGCUGAAUGAGGUUCGCUGGUUGUCACGUUACCAAGCUGUUAAUGCUUUUUUGCGGAAUUACAGUCUGUUAACGGAGUAUUGUUUAAAAGAAGCAGACAACGACGACCCGAUUGCGAAAUACUGUCUCAAAAAACUGUCUGAUCCCAAGUACAGAGUUGCAAUUACUGUUCUCGGAGAUGUGUUGGAAGAACUAGCUCAGCUCAGUGUCUCCCUGCAGCGCAGCAAUCUUAACAUCAUUGAUGCUCAUUGCUUUGCCAGAGCUAAGAUGGAAAAACUUAAAUCUCAGUAUCUCGGGCAGCAUAUUCAUUGGAGCACCCGUGUGAACGAGCUGUUGGGGAAACAUGACAGUGCUAUAAAUACAGCGGAGAUUAUUCUGUUUGUCCGCAAAGUUUGUGACCAUCUUGACGCAAGAUUUCCUGAAGGUGAGCUUAAAGAAUGGUCUGCAUUUAGCCUAGAAACACUGGAUUCAGCAAUUGAUUUUGAUCACGGCAGAACUGAUUUAACCAGACUGACAGAGAAGUUCCACGCUUUUCUAAAACAAAGAGAUGAUUACGUCACCGAGAACAUCUGUCAACAGUACAGGGACUUCAAGUUCACCGUCAAAGAAAAAAGAAAGACAGGAGCGCUGCAGACAUUCGAUGAAAUGGUAACCUGGGCACUAAAAACUCUGGACUUUGGGGAGCUUGCACAGUUAAUUGACAUUUGCGGGACAUUUCAAGCGUCUAGUGCAGACUGUGAACGCGGUUUCAGUCUCAUGAAUCGUAUCAAGACAAAUUCACGCAACCGACUUCAGACCACCCACUUGGAUCAGCUAAUGAGAAUCCGGUCCACACAAGCAGAUGGGUCUAUCAAUCUGGACAAGAUCUAUAACCACUGGAAAGGUAUUAAGGACAGACGGGAGAAGUUUUAAAGGUUCUGUUUUGAGAGAAGUUCCAUAUCUCCACCUGCAAGGCCAGUCAAGAGAGCACUGAUGAAGCACUGUUGCACUAAAAGUUGUUAAAACUGUUAAAACUAAAACAUUAAAAAAAUGUUGUGUUUGUAUUCUAUAUCUUUUUUAUCCAAUCUGCCUUAAUAAAAUGUGUUUGGAUAAAAAGAUUGAACAUUUAUUAUUACUAUACUGUAAAAUUGGUUGAACAGUUAAUACAAUUUACAAAUUUUCUAUCAAACUAUAGCCCCCUAAUGACAACAUGCUCUUUUUGUGAAAUAUACGAUUUUUGAUGAAAUUGCACAGUCUAAAGGUUUGCGCUCAGAAAUUUUUUUAUUUGCUCAGUAGCUACAGUAAAAAAUUAGAGGGAACAUUGGACGUCACGCCCACAAACUGUUGGCUGAACGUCUGAUGUUUUUCGUACACUUUUCUGGAAACCCUGUGAGAAUGUUAAAGUCGUCUUUGAUUGGUUGGAAAAAAACGGAUUUCCAGGAGACGCGAGUGUCGCGAUUAGUUUCAGUCCCUGGAAAACAAAGCUCUGACGUUCCAUUGAGGAAGAGAAUCAGUCGUGUUCACGUGGAUAAUAAUGAGCAGUUACCAUGAUCAGCUAAACAUUGGAUUCUCAAAAAUAUGCAAAGUUCGCGGCAUCGACUCUCUAAAAGACGUCCAAGAGUUUUCUUUAAGGCAGUUAGUGGAGUCAAAAAGUUUGGUUCUCCUGAAUUGCUUGUAUGUGUUUAAAAGUGGAGAGAUAUGCUUCAAACAGACGUUUAACAGGAUCGUCUCAUUGGUGUGGCUGUUGAUGAAGUGCACAACGUUGUCCUAUGGUGAGUAAUGUUGUUUAUUUAGAUACUAUUUGGUUGCUGCUGGUUAUUUCAAUAACUGACUUGUUGCCAGCCGGCUCGUUAUUGUGGGGAGUCCGAAACGUGACGCUAGAUGAAACAAACUGUGAUUGGUUGUUUGACAUGUCGGUCAAACAGCUCGUGGGCGGGCUUUGUCCAGAAAAAGCAGCGAAAAACACCAGACCUUCAGUAUUGAAGGUCUGGCUACGCGAGACUAGG